ACCCUCACGACACGCUGGCCCCCUCCCUCCCUCCCUCUCUCUCGGUGACAGAAACGCUUGUAACGCCGGCAGCUUUUUAACUGCUCUUCUCAUUCCAUUCGAGGCGGCAGUGGAGGAGCCGAGCUCACAGAGACGGAAUAACGGGACUCUCUCCACGGUGCAAGAUUUGAAUAUCUGAUCGGUCACGUUUGCGUCUUCAGAUUUUGAUUGAUAUUUUUAUACUCUCAGCUAAAGUGGACCAAUGAAUGGACGCACAUAGAGAUCUGAGCCCCCUCAAGCUUAACAGACAGAACUGAAGGAUAAACAAACUGACACAUUAAAAACCUCACACAGACACAUCAACACACAGAGGAGUUGUGGGCUCACAUAAAUGGCUGACAAACAGAUCAGUUUGCCUGCCAAGUUAAUAAAUGGUGGAGUUGCUGGGCUGAUUGGUGUCACCUGUGUGUUUCCCAUUGACCUGGCCAAGACCCGCUUACAGAACCAGCAGAAUGGCUCUCGUCUCUAUACCAGCAUGUCAGAUUGCCUUAUCAAAACCAUUCGGUCAGAAGGAUACUUUGGAAUGUAUAGAGGGGCUGCGGUGAACUUAACUCUCGUUACUCCAGAGAAAGCCAUAAAGUUGGCAGCCAAUGAUUUCUUCAGAUUCCACCUCUCCAAGGACGGGCAGAAGCUCACGUUGCUCAGAGAAAUGCUGGCAGGCUGUGGUGCAGGUACAUGCCAGGUCAUUGUUACAACGCCGAUGGAGAUGCUGAAAAUCCAGCUGCAAGAUGCAGGGAGAAUUGCUGCUCAGAGGAAGCUGAUGCCACAAACUGUAGCCCCUGGUGGUCCAGUAGAAGUAAAGUCCCCAACAGCCAUGCAGCUCACACGGGAACUGCUGAGGGAAAAAGGCAUAGCUGGUCUCUAUAAAGGGCUCGGAGCCACACUGCUCAGGGAUGUUCCUUUCUCAAUCAUCUACUUCCCUCUGUUUGCUAAUCUCAAUAAUCUGGGGAAGAAGGGGGCAGAGGGGCCUGCUCCAUUCUACGUCUCCUUCAUAUCAGGCUGCAUCGCUGGCAGCACAGCUGCUGUGGCUGUCAACCCUGUAGAUGUGAUUAAAACCAGGUUACAGUCUCUAACACGUGGCAAUCAGGAGGACACAUACAGCGGAGUGACCGACUGCAUCAGGAAGAUUCUGCGGAACGAGGGUCCGUCUGCCUUCCUGAAGGGGGCGUACUGUCGCGCUCUCGUCAUCGCACCGCUUUUCGGCAUUGCCCAGGUGGUUUACUUCCUGGGUGUGGGUGAAUUCAUCCUCAGCUUCUUGCCCAAACGGAACAACUAACCAGUCAGCUCCGCUUUCUGCCUUCCCAUCUACACACACGUUGCACUGGUCAGACCUCAUCCCUUCCCCACCUUCACAUCUUGGCUGCUCGUGUCACUUGAGGACCGUGUGAUGUGGAGACCAUGCUAGUUUUGUUUGUUUGUAUGUUUGUGGGGUUUUGUUAAAGUGGGUGUAUAUUUCUAUAUGAAUGUGGUGAUCAUGAGGAGCUCAGAGGGCUUCAGAGGGAGUGGUUGCCAAGAUGCCUGAGGUGGCUAGAUAGUCCUCAGCUGAGGCUCAGGCCACAUAACGUUCUCAUUUAUGAGCCCCAUCAUUUCUGAAUUGAAAGCCUCAUUGUUUAGUGAUUGAUUUGAUUAUAUAGUUUGUGGAGAUUCAUAUCAAGACUAUUUUGACUCAAGAUAUUUAUUGCCCAGUUUAUGUUCACACUGACUCUUGUGACAAUAUGAAAAUAAUGACUUUGUUAGGUAUGAGGUAGAUUACCAAAUGGACUUGAUGGAGGUUUAAUCCUGAUUUUAACUUCUGGAAAGGACAGAAAUGUAUAUGCUGUUUGAGGACCUUAACUGGAUUAGAUGCUUUUUCACAAUCCCAGUUGGAAUGUCUGGCCGUGAAUGACCUCGGGACAAUAUUUGUGUGUAGAUUUGCAGGUUGGUGUGUGAGGCAAAAGCUGUUUACAGUCCCAGACUGACCAUGUCUGGGUAAACUUGCUUGCAUACUGAGUUCAGUGAUGGUUAGAGUUGGUAGCACCUCCCUAGCCACGUUCCACUACAGCAAUUACAGGUUACGUAUCAUAGAGAGAAGAGCUGACUGAAACAUCUAAAAGCAGGCAUCGACUGUGGCAUUAUGACUUUUUGUACAACAUUGAAGGAGCAAUUUGUAGCAGUUUCCAGUUUUGCUUGUUAGUUGAAAUACUGCUGCAUUUACAGGCCAUCAUUCCGUACCAGUAUGUGGAAAGCUGAUUUCUUCUGCUGUGUGUUGUAGAUCCAGGUGCUUCCUCCCUUGAGGCUUCCUUCCUUUCAGAGUAACCUCUGCUCCAUUGCACCUGGAUAAGUGCUGAUUACUGGAAAGCCAUUUAUAUAAUGGACAAGUACUGUGUGUUACUAGGCUGCAAGUGUGGAGUUGUUUUGCCUUCUGCAAACACAGAAAAUGCUCCAUUGUUUCUGAAUACGUGUUUGUGAAUGUUGCAUUUACUUUAAUUUUCAAUAGAUCUGUCUUUAUGAGUUGGUAGGUCUUCACAAACGUCCUUAUUUUCUCAAUGUGAUGUCUCAUUACAGUAAUUCCAUUUGCUGCUAGCAGGUUUUUGAGCAAAAGGACAACGCCUAUAGAAGGAUGCUGCAUGCUGAGCCAGCCCCUUGUAUUACUGAGUAACACAGUAACAAAAACGUCUAAUAUCAUCCUUAUGUAAGAGUGAUUUUUACAUUUUUUCUUUGGAUCUGAAUGGAAACUGCUACUUAAUGCGACUUUAAUUUGGUUUAACAAGCCUGUCAUACUUCCAUCAUUCCAGUCUUUAAGCUAAAUAUAGUAACAUGUCUUUACACUGUUCUUCAGUGGUGGCUUUUGGCAGUGGUUUAAAGCCCCAGUCAGGAGUCACUGCAGCUUGCUGGCCAGUUUUAAUACUGCGGCAACAAAGGCGUUCAAAUAAUAGCAGUGCCUCCUGUGGGGUGGAUGUGGCACUGUUUCGGCUAUUUCUGACUGAAGCUUUAGAAAAUGGUAGUAUAGAGCAGAGAGGGUUGAAUCCAAAGUCCUGGGGGACCCCCAACAGUUCACAUUUUUGUUAUGCUCCAAUUCCUAAUGCACCUGAACCAGGUAAUCAGCAUUCUACAGCCUCAGUGACCUGGCUGAGGUGUGUUUGGAGCUGGCGGGUGGUCCCUGAGGAAUGGAUUGCAAACACCUGCUAUAGAGGAUGGUUGGAAUAUGGAAUAUUCUCAGUAUCUGUCUCCUUCUCCAGUGUCCACGCACUGAACUGCAGCUAUGGAGAAACUGCCAUUUAGAUGAGUGUCGCUUUAUUACAACUGACAGAAGAACGUCUUGAAGGCCAAAUAAAUGCAGAUGAUGUCAGGUAGCUCCUCCUUACCAAUGAAGUAAUGAUCAUGCUCAUUAUUUGCCUUUGUGUUUUUUCCUUUUGAGAUGUUUUUUCAUAUCUAAGCAUUGUAUUUAUGUAGUGGAUCAUGGCGUGACAUUGGUGGUUUAAGAUGAAGGUGACUUUGAAGAGUGAUGUUUAAUUAUCUGCUCUCUUUAUCCGAUGUGUAGUAACAAGGGCAAAAGCACAUGAUGCGUGAUGUUCCUAGGCACUCUGUUGAGAGUGAAAGUGUAUUUAUCAAGAUUCCUUAUGACUAUAUAUAUAUAUAUAUAUAUAUAUAUAUAUAUAUAUAUAUAUAUAUAUAUAUAUAUAUAUAUAUGACUAUAUAUAUAUAUAUAUACACACAUAUAUCUACAUAUUUGUAUCAGUUGUUUUAUUGGUGUCUCUCUGUAUGUUCAUUGUCGAUUACUGUAUGAUGUACAUUUGCAGAUUAUAUGAAUUCUGUUUUUUUGAUAUUAUGUUAUUUGAUGGCUUAUUUUGCACACUUACCUCCCCUCUCCUCUUGCUCUGUUAUUAUUAUUUUUUUUUACUGAUAGUUGAAUCCAAGAACACUAAGUCUGAAAGAGGGUACUGUAAAUAAAGGAGAACUAUCUGAAGUUUACAAGGAAGCAUUUGCCACAUUUGGAGCAGCAGACUGGUGUCUGGAAAUCAGACUGGUGUCUGGGAAUCGAAACAUUUUGUUGUCUCCUGAUGAAUGUAACAGACUUCCUUGUGAAACUUUUUUUCUUUUUACUCCCAUGCUGUGCAGUUUCAGCAUGAGAAUCCAAAUUUUAAGGGCCCUCCUGCUGGAUAGAAGAAGUGCUGAUUAUGUGCUGACAAGUAUUAUGCAGCGUUAACAUAUCUGUGCAGUUGUUAGCGAGAGAUACGGCAUAUAUAUGCAAUGAGAAGCAUCUGUAGCUCAAACAAGGCACUGAGGCUUUGCUCGACUCUCUCGCUUGGUGAGAGCCUAUUUCAUAACUGCCAAACAAAACCUUGACCAAAUCACUGCAUGGACAACCUUCACAUCUGAGGUCUGCUGCAAGCCUACCUCUAUAGAGAGUAGCCAGUGAGCAUCCAUGUGCUUGUAGAUGUACAGGAAAAAGCCAUUUUAAACAGAGGUUUUUGCUGCAGGAAGUUAAAAUUGGAAAACAGAAUUUUGUUUACAUGAACCUGAUUCCCCAAAGUUAGCUAGCUAUCCUUGAUUCAUUGCCUGUUAGCAUUAGCGAAAGUCUCCUGCUAGCCUUAGCCCCAUCUUUUUAGACCUUUUAAGACUGGGGUGCUUGACCCUCAUCCUGGUCAUCUGUGACACUGCAGAGUUUGGCUCCAAUCCAAAUCUAAUGAUUCAGUUAAUCAAGGAGUUCAGGUCAGGAUAUCAGAGCUGAUUGUGUUGAAACUAGAGAUGGCAAGAAACUGCCAUUACCAUGAAUUUCACAAAUCACAAAUCUGCAAAUCCUCAAAACUUGCAUAGUCCAAUUUUAAAAUGAGAAUCAAAAUGUAGGCUAUCAUACUCUACUACACCAGAGGAAGACAUGGAAAGCAACAUCACAUCACAUAACUUUAGGACAGAUUUGUUACAGGACUGCAACAGACUGAUUCUUUUUUCUCUCCGAUAUCCGAUCCAGCAUUUUCUGC